AUGGCUGCCCAGGAUGCAGAGCCCAAGGCGGCCGCCGAGAAUGCGACCGCGGCGCCACAGACGAGCACAGCGCCGACUGCUGUGGCCGAGUUUGAUGACUUUGGUCUGCCCAUAAAGAAGUUCAUCGCACCGGUGGCGGAACCCCCGGACUCGGACGCCCAAGAUGCGACACACGAUGCGGAUACGAACAGCGAGACGCAGAAUGGCCACCACGACUCCAAAGAAGAACAUCAAGAGACAUCAGAACCUGCAGGAAGCAAGAAUGGGCACACGUCGAGCAGCGAUUCUGAAGAGACCGGCCCCAAGGAUGUUCAACCAACACGAGAGGACAUACCUGCAGUUGCAUCACCGAUACAGCAGCAGCAGGAGCCCAAGACAGAGAUAGAGACCGGCCCCAAAGAGCCGUUGACUCCGCCGGCAAAUAAUAACCCGUGGCCUCCUACAUCCCCAUCACCGAUCAGAGAAACUCGUGCGAUUGAAGCGCCUUCCACUCCAAAGACCCCUAACAGGGGCACCGAGCCGAGCGAAAAUCCUAUGAGUACCAAUGGCGUCUCAGAAUUCUCACAUCAGCAUGUCUUGCAGCGCCAAGAAGUAGUGGAGGAAAAAAAAGAGGACGACGAUGGCGGCUGGCAAGAGAUGCCAUCUUAUGCUAGAUAUGACAUGUAUGACGAUGACGACCGCUUAAUCGCCAAGGAACAUGAUGCAGAUGAAGAUGAGACAUAUGGUUAUUCAGGACUGGGUGGUGCCGGAAAGGGAUAUACACGGGUUAUCAUGGAUGAAGAUGCCGAGUCGGCGACGAGCAUGGACGAGCACACGCAAUAUCUAUUCAAGAACCCAAAUGGUACUUCCAUAGGCGAAGAUGACGAGGCCAGAGACGCCGUAUCCCAGAUGCAGGCUACGAAGGACCUUCUCACCGAGGGACAGAGGAUUGCCUACGUCGGUGUUGUCCGCCUAGAAAUCGUGAAUAUGGUCAAGGAAGCCGAAAAGCUCCAACUCAACACAAAGUCGGCCAAGAAGUCAGUCGUCAUGGGUGCUGAAGCAGUCAAGAUGUGGGGUCAGAAGAUGAUGAUUCGGAUCUACCAUCACAUGGACAUUAGUGAUGCGGAGCAGAUCAUGAUUGAACAACUCGCAGAUCACGGCGUCAUGGCACAGGACCUCACACCAGCCCUCCUUGCUAAUUCUCGGGUUCAGAAUCCCAUGGCCGAAGAGAAGAAGCCGGGGACUCCCAGGUCUAGCCGUUAUCCGCCGCCCUAUGAGGAAGAGAAGCCUGCUGAGAUGCCGCCUCCUUAUGAGACACACAGUGGCGAGGAGCUGCCCGAGGUUAAGACGCCUUCACAGAUGCCGACGACGCAAAAGAUCGAUAUUGACUUGCGAUGGACAGUGCUCUGUGACUUGUUCCUGAUACUCAUUGCAGACUCAAUAUAUGAUGCUCGUUCAAGAGUCCUGUUGGAACGAGUCGGCAAGAGCCUAGAUAUUACAUGGAUAGACAUUUGCAAGUUUGAAAAGAGGGUUACGGAUGCGUUGGAGAUGCAGCAAGCAGCUGAGAAAGAAAAUUGGAAUGAAGAAGAGCACAUGGAGAACCGGAGAAAGAUGGCAUUGAAGAAGAGAUACAUCAUGAUGGGCCUCGCUACCGUGGGCGGUGGUCUAGUCAUUGGGCUUUCGGCUGGUCUGCUUGCCCCCGUCAUUGGAGCUGGCCUGGCUGCCGGUUUCACGACCAUUGGUGUGACGGGCACAAGCAGUUUCUUGGCUGGAGCAGGAGGAGCCGCCAUCAUCACCUCCAGCGCGGCGGCCUCAGGGGGCGUCAUUGGUGGCAGGGCUGCCGGUCGCCGAACCGGCGCUGUCAAGACCUUUGAGUACCGACCUCUCCACAAUAACAAGCGUGUCAAUCUUAUCGUCACAGUGUCGGGCUGGUUGACAGGAAAAGUUGACGACGUCCGUUUGCCGUACAGCACGGUUGACCCCAUCAUGGGCGACAUUUACUCGGUGUUGUGGGAACCAGAAAUGCUCCGGAGUAUGGGUGACACCAUCAAUAUUCUGGCUACCGAGGCACUUACUCAAGGUCUGCAGCAAGUUUUGGGCAGCACCAUUCUUGUCAGUUUGAUGGCUGCCAUUCAGCUGCCUGUAGUCCUGACAAAGCUUUCCUAUCUCAUCGACAACCCCUGGGCGGUGUCUCUGGAUCGUGCAACGUCUGCCGGUCUUAUUCUGGCCGACUCGCUCAUAGAACGUAGCUUGGGUACGCGGCCCAUCACUCUCGUCGGGUAUUCACUCGGCGCUCGAGUCAUCUUCUCUUGCCUAAAGGAGCUGGCGAAGAAGGGUGCGUUCGGGCUCAUUCAAAACGUAUACAUGUUUGGAUCGCCCAUUGUUGCCAAACGAGAGGAAUUUCUCAAGGCCCGAUCCGUGGUUUCCGGCCGCUUCGUAAAUGGAUACAACCGCAAUGACUGGAUUCUUGGCUAUCUUUUCCGGCUGACCAACGGCGGCAUCAGACGAGUUGCCGGCUUAGGUGCCCUGGACGAUUGCCCAUGGAUAGAAAACGUUGAUGUAACGGAUCUCGUGGCUGGCCAUAUGGAGUACCGCAAGGCCAUGCCUUCACUCCUCAUGAGAUGCGGAUGGCUUGUCACUAGCGAGGAGUUUUCCGAAAUUGAAGACCCUGACCCAGAUGACCACCAGGGGCGACAGCGAGAGCUUAUAAACGAAAUCGAAGAAGCACGUAGAGAACUAGAGAAAGAGGGCAAGGCUGGCAAGAGAACAAGCAAGUUUGGAUUGUUUGGGCGACGCAACAAGGGGGAGCGACAAGAGUGGGAGAUUUACGAAGAUUCGGGCAAAGAUUCACCCAAGGGUGGGAAGAAGGUUGAGGACAAAGAUGGCAACAACUACGGUGUGCUCUUCGACAUUGAUGCUAUCCGGGCUGAAUUGGCCAAGGAGGCUGAGAACGAUGGCACAGAAGAAAUACAGGUCAAAGAGAUUAAGUCGACGCUUCCGCCAAUGAAGCUCGACUAUUCACCGGUGUCAUCACCCCAAACGCCCGCCCGAAACUCCGGCCUAGCGCCUCGAGAAUCGUGGCAGGCAUCAAAGAGUGCAGAGGUGCUGCCGAUGCGGCCUGCAAACGACAGCUUCAGUCCCCGAGCUCAGCCUGCUACUACGAUGGGCACUCCUGUGACUCGCCCUUCUCCGUCGCCGUACCUCUACGAGCCCAGUCAUGAUGAAGAUGAGAUUCAAAUGACGUUUGAUACAUCUUUCCAUGAGCCCCCUCGCCGCCACUCCGCAUUCGACGGAGAAUCUAGCAGACCAGAGAUUAAGACGGCCAAGACGGUACCAAACAUGACGCUGGCCGACCCAUGGAACGAUCCAGACGACGACGACUUUGGCAAAGAACAGGAGAUUUCUAUGACAUUUGCGUAA